UAUAUAUAUAUUUAUUUGUUUAGUCAGCCAUGGGGAAAGAUGAGUGCAAAACAAUGCUGGACGCUUUGAACAAAGUGACUGCUUGCUACAGGCAUUUGGUCAUCGCUCUGGGAAGCACGUCGGAUUCGCAGAACCUGCGAGAGGAGCUGAAGAGGACCCGCAAAAAGGCCCAGGAGCUGGCCGUGGCCAACAGGACUAAACUGACUCUGCUCAAAGACAAAAGCAUCAGCAAAGACGACCGAGCCGAGUACGAGCGCCUAUGGGUGCUGUUCUCGAGCAGCAUGGAGCUCCUGGAGGUGGACAUGAAAAGGUCCCUGGAGAUAGGGCAGGAUUUCCCCCUCAAGGUGCCCACGAGACACCUCAUCCAGACGGGGAUGACCGGCAGCACCACCACCGUGGCGGCCCGGGCCAUGAGCGUGCAGAACAUGAAGUACGAGGCGGACAGCAACAUCGACACGGCGGACCUCCGGGACCUGCAGUGCGAGAUCUCCCAGGUGAGCCAGAUGAUGGAGGAGAUGGAGAUGAAGGUGCAGGUGGCGCCGUGGGCCGUCGAGGCGAAGCAGGAGGCAGGCGCGGAGCUCAAGUCCAACAUGAGUGUGGGAAAUUCCUCCGUGGGUGUCAUCUCCAUCUGCGAAGAGGACCCCAAAGAGGAGGACGGAGGAGGCAACAGGGAUGCUGGCUUUGCGUCGAUCUGCGCUGUGCUUGUGUUCUUUGUCAUCGUUACGGUCGCUGUGGUUCUCGGAUAUUUGGUCAUCAAUAUGUCCUGAGCUGUCUCCCCAAC